UCCAUAACCAAGUAAAGUUUUAUACACAAUCUUGAUUUGUUGCAGUUUAAAUGACAAUGUUACUGGAAAAAGAUGAUGUUGCCAAAUCACAAGCAGGAUACCCUUUUCCCAAGGCUGGAGGAAGGGUCCCAAACUUGUCAUCAGAAGACUCAAAAGUUUCUACAAAUGGAAAUCGUAUUCUUAAGUCAGAUAUUGAACUGCCAGACUUCGAUCUGGAUAUCAAUCGCUGGCUAAGGUCAUCACGAGUUCAGUGGUACCCAGGUCAUAUUGCGCAAGCAGAGAGAGAACUAAAGCAACAGCUAAAGUUGAUGGAUGUUGUCAUAGAAGUACGUGAUGCAAGGAUACCUAUGGCAACUGGACAUCCAGAGAUGGACUUAUGGAUUGGUGAUAAGAAGAAAAUUUUAGUUUUAAAUAAAGUAGACAUGAUCUCAACCGAAGACAAGAAUAAAUGGGCUACAUAUUUCUCUAAACAGGGGAUAACAGUAGUCCUUGCAAAUGGUCAGCUUGGAAUGGGGACAUUGAAGUUGGCAAGAGUUGCAAAAUCAUUAGCUAACAAUUUUAAUGCCAAGAGGAGGGCUAAAGGACUUCUUCCUCGUGUGACUCGAGCGGGAGUAGUUGGGUAUCCAAAUGUUGGAAAAUCAUCAUUGAUUAACCGCCUGCUUAAGCGAAAGAUCUGUGCAACAGCAUCUAGACCAGGGGUUACCAGGGAAUUGAAGUGGGUUCGAAUUGGUCAAGACCUAGAUUUAUUAGGUUCCCCUGGUAUAUUGCCAAUGCGGUUUAAUGAUCAGGCUCCUGCAAUCAAAUUGGCAAUUUGUGAUGAUAUAGGAGAAAGAUCAUAUGCUGUUGCUGGUGUGGCUGCAAUUCUCGUAGAGAUUCUGAAGCAGCAUCCAGAUGCAGGAGCAGGAGUCCUUCAAAAUCGCUAUAAGAUAAAUGCAGAUUGUUGCUUAGGGAAAAUAUUUGUAAAGGCAUUGGCACAACGUUUGUUCAAUGGAGAUGUGACUCAAGCUGCCUUCCGUAUCUUAUAUGACUUUCGGAAAGGGAAAUUCGGUUGGAUAGCUCUUGAGAGGCCUCCGUCAAAUACCAUGUAA